CAUCAUAUUCAAUAGUUCACUCGUAGUAGACAGUCGUCUCGCGUAAAGUCGAGGUUCUGCUCGUUCGGACGUUAGCUGUGAAUUAAUCUUUUAUUUACGUUUGAAUAAUUGCUCUUGUAAUUGAAAAAAAUCUAAUAAAGAUUUUUCUUAUCAAUUUAACCUGAACGCCGCUCUGCAAAAACGGAUAAGUGCUAAAAAUUAAUAUGGUGAUUGUUUGUAUACUUCCAAGCGCCGGUGCGUAGUAAAUUAUACUUACUAUUUUAAUUGUAACUCUCGAAUAAAACUGCAAUUAUAUAAUGGAGAACGACAUCAACAAACCUUAUAAAAUCUGUGAUGUUAACCGAGACAAAAAGAAAGGUAUAGUAGCUUCGUCUUUGGAAGAUCUACUUGCAAAAGUUCCGGAAAAAUUGGGUUUACCUAGUGAGAAUUUGACAGUUGUCCUAGAAUGUGAUGGUACGGAGGUCGACGACGAGGAAUACUUCUCAACACUAGACCCCGAUACGGCACUCAUGAUUUUACACGGUAAUGAAAAAUGGGCCCCGAAUAUGCCGAAGUGUCAAGUUUCGCUAGACCAAACGGACGAAGUGUCGCUUGGAGACAAGGGACAGGUCGCGAAUCUUGUAGGAAGACUACAACAUAAUCUUUGCCACAUUUCAUUACUUGGGGGGCAAGACCUGGAACUUCUCUCGGAUAUGGAUCCAGAUAGCCUCGCUGAUAUUGUAACAGAUCGGGACAACCGAAUUAUUUUAGAACAUAUUAAAGAAGCUUCUGGAAGGAUACUUCUAGAAAAACGUCAAGCCCAAGAUGCUAUGGAAUUACUAAAACUAUAUCAUCAGAGUGUAGCAAAUGGCAAUGAAGAUGUGUCGCCACCAAGCCAGGAAAGGAUUUAAAAACAUUAAUACAACAAAACAAUCUCAACCUCAACAGUGUCCUACUAAUCUGACCCUAUAUUUAUUUCUAAGGGAUGGUAAAUCUCAAAAGUUUACAAAGAAAUAUUCUUACUUUAGACUCCCUUGCUUGCGAAUAGUUUUGUAUGAAUGGGCAAAAAGAUAGAAAAAAGGUAUGGCUCAAUAAAAUUACUACUUAUUAAUAAUUAUAAUAUUGUUAUUAUAAGAUUCCAAAUAAUAAUUCCAUUAACCACACCAAAAAUAUGAGGCCUUUUUUCAGGUAAUUGCUAUUACAAAAUAGUUGCAAUAUUCUGAUUGUUACUUUUAUAGACUCAUUGAAUUGAAUAUGCAGUUAUUAGGUAUAAGAAGCUAUUCUUAUGAAAAUGAGCUAAAAUGAAAUAAUCUUAAAACAUACUAAAUAUAACAUAUAGAUUAUAUUAAAGUUAGUAAUUGUUUGUAAUGUCAUAAACUGUAGCAUAUAUAAGUAUAUGUUACCAACAUAAUUCCACAGUAUGUAUUAGUUAAAACAUGUUCCAUUGUAAGAAUUGAAAAUAAUAAUAUUUGAAUUGAAAUAUAAGCCAUGCAUUGAUAGAAAGGUAAUGUGUUAGGUAUUAAGAAUUUGUAGACAUUGUAAAAGUAUACUCUCUAAUCAAAACAUUUUAUAUUAUUCCAUUUUGUUUCUGUGCCUAUGGUAAUGUAAUUGUGGCAUAAAUAUUGCAAUAAAAUCUAAAACAAAAGCUAUAAAACAGUGUUACAAUCAUAUUGACGGAUAAUACUUUUUUGGUGGUAUUAAACUAUUUUAGAUUUUUCUAUUUCCUGUUUUGUCCUUAUUUUGUUUGUUUGCCAAAAAAUAUAUGAAUUAAGGUUUAAUUUUAGUGAAUUAUAAAUGGUACUGCUUCAUGUUUAAACCCCAUAAUUGGGCUAAUAUUUGAUAGAAUAAUCUUUAAAACUAUUUUUUCUCAUUUAAAUUAAUUUCAGACUAUGAAUUUAUAUGUUCGUAAUGUCCUAUUUCAUUUCAAUAAUAAAUCAUUGUAAUUCAGAGUUACAUUCAACAUCUUUUGAUCUCAUAGGACAAUGUUUAUAAUUUUUUAUUCAUGCUUUUCUGUUAGAAAUCAUUUCAAUCAAUUUAAAUAUUUACUUGUUUUGUAUUUUGUUUAAUACUGUUGGUAAGAAGAAUCUUAUUAGAAAUUUGUUGUAAAAACUUAGUAUAUUCUUAUGGUAAAUAUGAUAUGGACAAUAGAUACGCUAGUAUUAAUCAUGCUCCAACUUGUUUAAUUAUUUCUAGCGCUUAGUUUGUUAUUUUUGUAAACUUUUGAGAGACAAGUUGCUACAAGGUUGAUAAUCAACAUCAAUUUAAAAGACUGAUAGUUGGUAAAUUUAUUUUUUUUAUAUAGUUUUACCCCUAGAGUAAGAUUUAUUCAUUUAAUUCCAAAUUUGCUCAAACAUUUUACAAGUAUUAAAUAAGUUUCACUUAUGUUCUACUCCACUGCCACAAACCAAUAUAAAUUUAUGUAUAUCCUCAUUGAUUAGAGAUAUAAGCGGACUGUAGGAAUUGCAUGGUGAGAAUUACAUGAAAUAGUUAUCGGACAGAAAAAUAUUUGCUUUAAGAUUUAUUAAUUUGUGAUAUUACCAUUAAAUUUAUUUAAAGCACAAACAGCAUAUAACUUUAACAUAAUUUUACUUGAAACAUAAAGCUUAUUUAAUGAAUCUGCACCUAUUAUAUUCAAAUGUAAUCAGCACUUUGUAGCUCCAAAAAUCAUAAACUCUAUAUGAGAUAUAAAUUGAAGCUAAACUAUUAGUAUGUCAUAAAAUGUACUUUUAAUUAUAUAAAUUUUAUAUAAUUAUUAUGCAGUAUUAUAAUAUUAUAGUAUUACAAUGGUCUAACAAUGCAUUUUUUUGUCAAGAAGCACUAGUAUAGAAAUCCAACUUGAUUCAAUCACUGUUGUGAAUGUGAAAUAAACAUUUUUAAUAUAUUUGUAUAGAUGAAUAAUAAAGAUCUUGUAGAUGCUAACAACUUAACACUUAUAAUCAUGUAUGUAAAUGUAACACCAAUUUAGUUUAUAAUGUAUAACACUAUACUGAAAUUACUCUUUUAUAGGCAUGGGUAAAUCAGUAAACAAUGAUGUGCAGAUCAGUUUACGGAUCACACAAGUGAAAUAGAUCUGUAAACCUACUUGCAGCUCAGCUCAAUUUAUAUCUGCUCAGUUAUACUUUGCAUUUAUAGCUGUAAACUAACAGUCAUUAGGCAGCUUGAGGCUCACAUCGUACAUAAUGAUGAGUCAUGAGCUGACAUUAUGAUUGCUGAGCUGCAGCUUAAUAGUUCAAGUCAAUGUGACAUGAACAUUUGGUUUUAUAUAUGGUUGAGUUGAUUUAUACAUGUCCACUCUUUCAUUUAAUAAAAAAAGACAGUAUGCAUGUAACAUAUAGUUCAGAUAAUAAAAUACAUAAACUAUAAUUUUGAUUGAUAAUUAAAUACAUUUUAUGUUGUAAAGCCAAAUAUUCUAACAGUUGUCACUGAAAUAUAUAUUUAAAUUGUUUAACAGAAACCAAUUACAGUGUUAUUUGGAAUUGAUAGUUUUUUCCAUGCACUAAUAAAC